AUGGAGACCGCCAAACAUCAGAUUCAGAGAGACGGCCUUGCAACUGAAGUCAGAAUGGCGACUAUGGAGAAGAAAGUGGAGUUUCCUACAAAGCGGUGCGGUGUCCUUGGCGCAACAGGCAGUGUCGGCCAGCGAUUCAUCCUCCUACUCGCCCUUCACCCGCACUUCAAGCUCACUGCCGUUGGUGCCAGUCCGCGCAGUGCGGGUCGCAAAUACCGCGAUGCCGUAAAGUGGAAGCAAAGCUUGCCCAUGAGCAAAGAGUUGGGCGAGCUGGUCGUCAAGAACUGUACACCAGAGGAAUUUGCUGGCGAGGUGGAUGUUGUCUUCAGCGGACUGGACAGCGAUGUUGCCGAGGAGACUGAAAUGGCCUUUCUCAAAGCCAACAUCCCCACCUUCUCCAACGCGAAGAACUACCGCCGCGAUCCUCUCGUUCCGCUCGUAGUGCCCACUGUCAACCUUCCUCAUCUGUCCCUCAUUCCCCACCAGAGGAAACACCACAAGCUGGAAAAGGGCUUCUUGGUCUGCAACUCCAACUGCGCCGUCAUCGGCAUCGUCAUUCCCUUCGCUGCUCUCCAAGCCAAAUUUGGUCCCAUCAACACAGUCUCAGUCGUCACAAUGCAAGCCGUCUCAGGCGCGGGUUACCCAGGAGUUAGCAGCAUGGACAUCAUCGACAACGUGGUCCCCUACAUUUCCGGUGAGGAAGAUAAAAUGGAGCCCGAAGCCCGCAAGAUUCUAGGCGGAAUCAACGCCGAGUGUUCAGCGUUUGAGGAACAGAGUAACCUCAAAAUCAGCGCAGCUUGCAAUCGCGUGCCUGUCUUGGACGGCCACACAGCGUGCGUGUCGCUAAGAUUCGAGAAGCGGCCACCACCCAGUGMCGAGGAAGUCAAGCAGGCUAUGCGGGACUAUGUGAGUGAGGCACAGCAACUGGGAUGCCCUUCGGCACCUAGCAAGGCCAUUCAGGUUUGCGAGGAGCCGGAUAGGCCGCAGCCAAGAUUGGAUCGGGAGACGGAUCGCGGUUAUGCUGUGAGUGUGGGACGAGUGCGAGAGGAUGAGAGUGGCAUCUUCGAUAUUCAAUUCGUGGCUCUGAGCCACAACACGGUCAUUGGAGCUGCUGGUAGCAGUAUCUUGAAUGCGGAGGCGGCGGUUCUGAAGGGAUAUCUUUGA